GGGGGGAUUUAAAAGGAGCUAUGGGUUCAGUGGAGCAGGCUUUAAAGAUCUGGGAAGGUGUGGCUCUCCUGUGGGACACAGCACAUCCCAGCCCUCCUUGGGCUUUCCCCCUCGCUGACCUUGGUGCUUGCUGGAGGUGCCACCACGUGUGGACACCAACCAAUUACGUGUAUGGGAUUAAUUGCAUUUGUAUGAAGCAUUCACUGUAGGUCGGGUGUCGUUUUUUUUGUACUUAUUUUUUUUUUUUUUACAAAGGUGAAUGCCUUUUCCCAGUGCCUUUCAGUUCUCAGGUAGAAGCCGGCAGACUGACGCAUACCUGAAGCAACGCUGCAGCCGUGCGCGUGGAAACGGGCUGUGUGGUGCACGGAGACACCCACAGAAGGGCAGCUCUGCUGGAAGUUCUUUGCCUGAGAUCCAAUAAAACACAGAACACAACAAGAGAUAUUAGCACGGUGCCAGAGGGCAGCGGGAGGAUGGAGAACAAGGCCAUGUACCUGCACACCUUCAGCGAGAGGGAGAACGGCUCCAUCUUCGAGGAGCCCUUCGAGGGCAGGAACCUCUCCAAGCUGAACCUCUGCGAGGACGGUGCUGGGCACAGGAUGAAGGCAGCCGGGCGCUGCGGGCGGCUGGGCUCCCUGGCAGCACUCAAGUAUGCGGUGCUGGGGCUCUACCUCCUCGUCUUCCUCAUCCUCGUCGGCGUCUUCAUCCUCGCAGUCUCCCGGCCUCAGACUUCCCCUGAGGACCUGAAGGCAUUGAUGGGGAAUGUGAACCGCCUCAAUGAGAGUUUCCGGGACAUGCAACUGAAGAUGCUGCACCUCCCUCUGAAGGGGGAUGUGAUGGAUCACAUCUGGAGGCUCCAGGACCUUCUCCAGAACCAUUCAGACUCCUUGUUCCUCAUGACGGGCUCGCUGCAGAAGCUGGAAGGCCUCCUGUGGAGCCUGCAGACCCAGGCUGGCCAAACCAAUAGGGCCGUGGCCAACCUGUGGGACAGCCUGGCCCAGCAGGGCGAUGCAGCCCAGCAGGAGCUCUACAAGCUCUCGGUGGAAGGCAACAACAGCCGGCUGCUGCUGCAACACCACGAGCACCUCUUGAGCCACUUGGGCAGCCGGCUGGAGGGCCUGAGCGAGCAGGUGACAGCCGUCAGUGGAGCUGCCGAUGCCAUGAACAGGACCUUCUCCUAUGAUGUCAACAUCCACCACAGCCGUAUCCAGGACCUGCAGGUGCUGAUCAGCAACGCCACCGAGGACGCCCGGCGGAUGAGGCUUAUCCACAUCGCCAUGGAGGAGCAGCUGAAGCACGAGCUGGCCAUCCUCGGCAACGUGACGGAGGACCUGCGGCUCAAGGACUGGGAGCACUCCAUUGCACUGAAGAACAUCUCCAUCAUACGGGGGCCCCCAGGACCCAAGGGAGACCCGGGCCAUGAAGGGAUGGAGGGGGAGCCUGGCCGGCCCGGCCCACCCGGCCUGCGAGGGAUGCCUGGGGAGAGAGGACUACCAGGACCACGUGGCUUGAAGGGGGACAAAGGAGACUUUGGCCCUAUGGGCCCUGCCGGGAUGCGGGGAUUCAAAGGUGAUCGAGGACCAAAGGGAGAGAAGGGGGACCGAGGCAGUGACAUGGCAGCUGCCGCUGAGGAGGGGCUGAUCCGAUUGGCCAACGGCUCAGGACCCCACGAGGGCCGCGUGGAGGUUUUCCAUGACCGCCACUGGGGCACGGUGUGCGACGACGGCUGGGACAAGAAGGAUGGGGACGUGGUGUGCCGGAUGCUGGGCUUCCGAGGCGCCGACGAGGUGUACCGCAUGGCCCGCUUCGGUCAAGGCACAGGCAGGAUCUGGAUGGACGACGUUUCCUGCAAGGGGACCGAGGACAGCCUGCUGCUCUGCACCUUCUCCAGCUGGGGCAAGACCAACUGCGGUCACGCAGAGGACGCGGGCGUCAAGUGUGUGACACCGUGACACACACGGCACUGGGGACACCCAGCACUCCUCACCUUCGCUUCCCAAAAGGUUUUAUUGGAGGAAUAAAUGCUUUUUUUAUUAUUCUCUA